AUGCACCUGGGCUUUUGCCCUGAUCCUGACAUUCGCCAAGUCAGCAGCGGCAGUUUCACGCCUGGACGGUCCCCAAAUGAAUACAUCGAUCAUGCCGCGGCAACGAGAAUGUUGGGGCUCUGGUGGUCAAUCCACGCAUCUUGCCUCAGGCUUAUCUUAACACGGACGUCCACAUCGGCGCCAUUGAAUACCCCCUGGCCGGGGGGCAGAACCACAGCACGGGUCCGCGAAAUACUUCUGCACGAGCUCUUCCGGCGGGACUUGUGGGAAUGGGGGCUCGCGAGGGCCAUAAUUCUAAUGCCCCGCGAGGACGUCGCAGCCAUCAUGAACGACAAUAGGAGAUUGGAUGACCUUGGCAGAGUUCCCCGGCGGGUGGUGGUGGGCGUCAACCUACCUGAGGCCUCCCCUUACUACCUGAACCCGGCCGUUCCCAUGUAUUAUCUCAGCGCGGCAGAGUUUAGCCUGUUGGUGAGGACGCUGAGGAGAUACCGGGAUCGCGGCCCCGUGGACCCUGUCGUGACAUUUGUCUACCGGCAAGUGCCGGCCAUCUACGGGGCCGGACGGACGGAGAAUGUCCCUGUACAACAUUGUCAGGAGGCUUUCUGUUAUGAGGCUCUCAGAGAGGGUGGUUGUUUGCUAACGGAAUGUUCUAGUUACAGUUAUGGUGGCCAUGUUGACGAGGUCGAUGAUGCGAUGAACCAGAUGGUUUCGAUCAUGAUCAAAGAUGCCUGCGCACGGGAUUACAAGAAAGACCCGAUUGCGGUCAAUACCCUUGCCCCGCGACUACAGCUCAGUGUAGGCUAUCGCCCCCUGCAACUAUGCGGCCCAGUCGAGAGCAACCCCGCCGGGACAUCUACGGGGUUGGUCAUUUAUCACGAAAUGGUGAUACGAGACGAGGAUUCGCCGGUUUUAAAAACCUUUGCUGAUGCAGCUUGUUGCAAAGAUGCCUGUGAUGGCAGAAGCGAGAUGGGCCAAAAUCACGCCCUCGUUCUAGUCUGGAAACGAAUGAUCGACUGCAUGGCAUACACAUCAAGAUGCCAAAUUGGCGGAAGGUUUUCAGAGCCCUUCACUUGA